GUGCAGAAAGCCGAACGUUCGGCCAAUCACAGGGAUGGUCGGCCCGGUGCUGAAGAUGGCGGGAAGUACGGCGCUGCGGAAGGCUGAGUUAGUGUAUGAGCGGCUGAAGAAGCUGUCCUGCCUGCCUUUGGAGGGUGUGUAUGUAUCCAGCCCAGAGAAUAUUCACGAAUUAUUAUGUACCCCCUCCGUCAUUCGCCUUGGCGUCUUGGAAUGGCUCUGCACAAGGGCUUACCCUCCACUUCAAAAGCAGUUCUCGACUUUGAAAGAAUCUGAAGGAGAAAUUAAAAUAAAAGAAAUGGCAAAACUUGGCUUUGAGCUGAUGCUGUGUCACGAAGGAGACGUUGAUCUGAUAAAGGGACUUGUCCCCUCAAGCAGACAACUUUUUCUCAUGGAAAGUUUGCUGAAUAUUAUUGAGAUGCCCCGCAAUAUAUCCAGGGUUUCGGGGUUGGAAUGCUCCUCUGAAAGUGUCGAUGAAGCUUUUACCAAUUGUGCAUUCGAGAACGAGAAACUCCUGCAUGAGAUUUUCUACAGCCAUCAACUCCAGGCAACCCUCACACCCGAGUGCAAUCCAUGGCCAGCUGACCUCCAACCUUUACUGCUGAAAAAGGAACUGCCGGAGAGUGCCCAUCAAUCUGACAAAAAUACCAUAAUAAGUCAACAUUUGGAGGAACUGCAAAAGAUUUCUACAGCACUACAUGAACUUAAAGAAGAGUGCACCUUCCUCUGCAUCCCUGUGCCUGGCAGUGAAACCGUCAUACAGACUUUGAAGUUGGCGAUGACUGACUUCCAUCAGCUGAUUGCAGCUUUCACUCAGGUGUAUGAGAAUGAAUUUCAGGAGCAUUGCAACCACCCAGCACCUCGCCUUAGUCCCUGUGGGCCUCUCUUCCAGUCUGUCUAUUGCCUGCUAGAAAGCUGUAGCCAGGAGCUCAAGGCUGUUGCCCAGUUUACAGAAACCUCAAACACUAUAACUGAGGUGGUGAGAAAGAGGCAGCAGAUUAAGGAGUCCUUUGGAGGAGGCAGCACCGUAACUCUGUAUGAGAAGAUCAAGGAGAUAAAACACAACUACGAGCUGUUCCUGAGUGCACUGCAAUAGUGAAAAAAAAUGGCACAGACCUGAAUCAAUUGUUUUCUACAUACAACUACAACUGCUUAAAGGGCUUCCUGGAAGUUGACAUACUGUCCACCAUCACCAUGCCUUUUGUUGGUUGUAUGGAAUUUUGCAGUGCACAACACAUGACUCCUAUGCUUUGUAGAUGGCAAUACAUUUGUAUAGAUGAGCUGGUAUUUAACUCAAUAGUAACUCCUACAGUUUUGCCCAAAUUUUGUACUAUGUGGAGAAAAAAAAUAUUCAUGGCUCUCUACUAUCAGAGGCCCCCUCCCCUCAACAGAAAAAUAUGACCACGUGACAAAGAUCCCAAAGCAGUAGAUCUUCUACUUGCAUAUUUUCCUUAGCGAGGACCCUCGUAUAACGUACAAACAUAUUGGGAAUGUCUAUAUUAUACUUUACAGUAUUCAUUAUAUCAAAAUAGUCUAGUCUGAAAUUCAUUGAAAAUGUGGAAAUAUACUUAAAGGGGUUGUAAAGGUACAAUUUUUUCCCCCUAAAUAGCUUCCUUUACCUUAGUGCAGUCCUCCUUCACUUACCUCAUCCUUCCAUUUUGCUUUUAAAUGUCCUUAUUUCAAGGGUCGAUGACGAGUGGUGGCAAAAUAUGGAUGGCAGCAGGGAAGACAAGAGCAAGAUACUUGCUGGAGAGAACACAAUAAUCUGGCAAACAGGAAGUGCAGAGACAUGGCCUAAAUCAGGAAGUUCAUGGGGGGAGCAAAGAGCUCAGGGUUCAAGAUAAACAAGGUUUAAAGGGGUUGUAAAGGUACAAUUGUUGUCCUCCUUCACUUACCUCAUCCUUCUUCAAUUUU